AACCGUGAAUUUUGUCGUGUACAUUUUGUGUACAUUGAAUUAUACAUUUUUCCUGGAAGCGAGGCAAAAACACCUGCGCAUGCUCAUUUGGAACAAAAGUGUAAACUUCCGGUUUUUAAAUUUUCUGUCUGCUUGUACAAACUUGUUCGCUUCUACAGCCAUAAUUAACAAUAAUUAAGUGUGACUUUGUUCUAUAUGAGGCUGCCUGUUGAUGUUAUAUUAUCAUGGCAUCAGGAGGCGCUAAUUUGAAUGACUCCCUCGAAGAAAUAAACAGAGGAGUGCGAGGUCGAGCCCAUGAGAGCAUUCAUCAGUUGAGAAAUGCCCUCGGUAAACCCCCGGUUGUCACAGCAGGCCCAAGAAGUGAACGCCAGGCCAGAGGUCACCAGCGAGCACAUUCCUGGGGAGACAGAAGCUCUGCAAAUGAUUACUCCUAUCGUGCUGCUGUGUCAAAAUUACGAGAUAUGCUCAAGGAGGGUGAGAAGAGACAAGCACAACCUGGGCCUCCUGGUGGAUUACAGUUUUCACCCCCAAGGUGGUCACAUAUACCUCAUGAUGGGCAGGAGUCUCCCCAUGCUUUUCAUGUUCCCUCACAGGCUCAGCUGGGUGGAAACCAGUUAAGAGGUGAGGUACCCAGGAUUGAGGAGGUCUUGCCAGUCCUUUACCAACAAACUGGCUACAUUAGCCAGCUGGAGGGUGAAAAUCAGUUUUGCAAUGAUGAGCUGACCCAGUUAAAGAUGCGUGUUGCUGAACUUGCUGCUGAUAACAAACGUCUUCAUGAAGAACUCAAGAGAAAUGUUGUACAAGAGAUUUUACUUGAUGAUGGGAAGCUUGGACCUCAUUCAGCAGCUGAGUUACCAUUGACCAAGGAUGAAGAAUUCCAAAAUGUCCAAUCAUCACCAGAACUUCAGGGCAGGAGGUUGUUGUUUGGCAAGUGGCAGAAAGAACUGGAGAGGAUCCACACCCUCCAUGAGGCAAAGACAAAUCGUCAGGAGGCACAACUUAAUCAAGCAAAGGAUGAAGCAAAGAGGCUUGAGCAUGAAGUACAGCAGCUGAAGGCCAAGAUGCGGACAUCAGAAUCUAAUCAAUCUGGUCGAGGUGGUUUUGGUCUGUGUAUAACAUGUGCUAAGAAUGAAGCUAUUGUGGCAUCGCCAAGUAAACGUCAUUCAGAGGCUAUUGAUAGGCUCACAAGGGAGAGAGAUGAGCUUGUCGACAGCUUGGCACACCUGAAGUCCAGGCUAGAGGAGAUGAAGCAGAGAGAGAACGACUCCUACGACCAAGUAAAAAAAAGUAUUAUCCUUGUUGAACAGGCAGGUCUUGAGAAGACAGAGGCAUUAGUCCACAAAGAGCAACUGAAUGAUGAACUGGCAAACUUAAGGAGGCGUUUUGAGGAACACAUUGCCGAGACUCAAAAUAAAAUUGCUCAAGAAAGAUUGGUGAUUCGGAAAGAGUUUCAGAGGGAGAUUGAUGACCAGAAUAUCAGAAUGAAAGACCUCAAUGAAGAACUCGGAAAAUGCAAGGUACAGUUAGAGAGGGCACUAAGGGAAAGAGGUGAACUGCAAUCCGAGGUCGAGCAGUAUAAAAUCCAGUUCAAAUCAUACGACACAGACUACGGUCAAGUUCAGGACAGUAUGAAACUCCAAAUGACCAAGGCUUCCAUUGAGAGGAGUGCAGCAAUUCAGAAUAUGGAUAAACUACGAACAGAGUUGCAGAGGUUGGAACAUGAUAGAGAUCAGGAGAGGUCAUGCCACCGAUCUGAGGUUGAUGACUUAAGACGACGACUGACCAUGGCAGAGCGAGACCUGAUGGAGAGUAAGGAAGAGUGUAUAUACCUCACCGGCACAAUGCAAGCACUUGAGCGUGAUGCUCAUUUUACCAAGCUGUCCAAGGAGAGCCUCGAGAAGGGCCGCAAUGAUGACCUCAAGGCAAUGGCUGAGAGGGCACGGGUGAGGGAAGAGGAGCUAGGAGGAUAUAUUGAGGUACUCCAGGAAAAGUUUACUCGUGCCCGUGCUGAUCUUGAAGAGUUGCUGUCCAAGGAGAGAAACCUUGUUCAGAAGCUGACACAGGAAUGUCACUCCCUCACAGAAAGAUUGGAAAAAGUGAAUGAAAAAUACAAGAAAGAAACAAAAUCGUUACAGUCAGAAAAUGAGCAGUUGACCUACAAAGUACGAAAAAUGCAGAAACGAACCAAGGAUAUGGAGCAGCAGCAUGUUGAACAUGGACGUAUGCAUGAAAAGAUGAGGCAGCAGAUUAAACUGAUGGACGAACAUGCACAGAGCAAUGCAACACAGGUUCUUGACCUCUUGGCUCAACAGACUGAGUUGAUGAAGGACCGUCAGAUGCUGGCCAAGGAGGUCGAAUUCCUCCGUAAUCAAGUGACCCCAUAUAAUGCUUCAGACGUUGACAAACUCUUCACGACAAACAAAGGGAAAGUGGAGAACAUACUUGACACUCUUGUGAUGAAAGAGAUGGAAGCAACUACCAGUGAUCACCCUGGCACUCUUAACACCCUGGACUUGUAAAUCUGUACUCAAGUGCUGAAAUGCAAGGAAAAAAAGAAGUGCCUACCCUAACCAUUGCUCGGGUUAUGUGCCCUUGGACCAGUAUUAUUGUAAACUUUGCAAUUGUAAAUUAUUUCAAACAGCAGCUGGACUGCCGCUAUCAAAAUUGUGCAUAUCAUGAUUGAUGCCAUAAAUACUGUAUCUGCUCGAUUGAGAAAGCUGAGGCCUUAACUUUGUGAAAAGAAAACUGGGUUGUACAUGACGUACAUAGUUUAUUGCUAUGAAUAGUGUAGAAGUAGAUAAUUUAAUGGGUAUUAGAAUACUAGGUACAAUAUUCUUUUGUAUACCAUAGAGUAUGAAAUAAACACAUAUAAUAAUAUGGCAAUGUUUUUUUCACAAUAUGACAGUGUCUUAGGCCAGUUCCAUCCAUCAGAAAUAUGCUGGAAGCUGAUUAGGUUACAAGCAUACUUGUGCCAAGUGAACCAGUCUGGUUCACUGAUGGGAUUAUAAUAUAGCAGAAAACUAUUGUAUUUUUAUACACUUUUUUAUCGUUUGAUAAUAAGACAUUAGA